UCUAUGUGGCAGUUGAAAUCCCUGCGUGCUGAGCCAUCCGGGCAGUGAAAGGCAGGAAGACAGCAAGAGAGGUGGAAGAGAAGGGGAGUGACGACAGCAUGCACUUUUAGAGAAAACUGCUCUACAGAUUUCUGAAGUCUUUUAAAAAGCUCAUCUCUUUUCUCCUCGGAGCUCUUUAUCUCCACAUUCCAUGAGUGCUGCAAGUGUGCUCAGGUCUUUCAGCCCAUCAGCAAUGCCUGGUCCAGUUAUGCCGAUGGAUGUGGCUAUGAGAUUCUACAUCAGCCACUCCCCGCCCCCUCUCCGAGGCUUCCUCAGCCCGUACGAGGAGCUGCACAGGGCCAAGAACCGGGUCAAGCAGUCCACCACCUGCAGCCAGAAGCAGCAGCUUUACAAACCCCUGCGGCCCUGCCUCAGCAGCCAGCAGAAAGCGGUGGACGAUGACGGCUGCGUCGGCUGGAACGGCGGCAAGGCUGGCAAAAAGAAGGUCGUGUUUGCAGACUCGAAGGGCAUGUCCCUCACUGCCAUCCACGUCUUCUCCAAGUUUGACGAUGAGCCCUAUCGAGACAAGCGUCGUGGGGGAAUCACGGAGGAGCUGCAGUUUGACAUGACAGACUUGGAAACGGCCACGAUGGAUCUAAAGAUCAGCUCUGUUCGCAGCCUGGCGCUGGACUUCAAACAGCCCUCCGCUGACUACCUGGAUUUCCGGAACCGCCUCAUUCAAAACUCGGUCUGCUUGGAGAACUGCUCGCUUCAGGAGCGCUCGCUGACCGGCACCAUCAAGGUCCGGAACGUUGGCUUUGAGAAGUCUGUGCAGCUGCGUGCCACUUUCGACUCAUGGACCAGCUUCAGGGACGUCGAGUGCACCUUCAUGAACAACAUCUACAGCUGCCAGGAUACUGACACCUUUGCAUUCGUCUUGGAGCUGCCCACCUACAUCCCGCCACAGAAUCGGGUCGAGUUCUGCAUCUACUUCAAAGUCCAGGACCAGACCUUCUGGGACAAUAAUGACGGCAAGAACUAUGCUCUGAAGCACGUUGGCUGGAAUGGAGAGGACAUUGUGAUGCCUGCUGAGCAGAAGAAGCCUUCAGAACAGAGAAAUGGGAGUAUGAAGCUGCUGGAAGUGGAGUUUGAUCAGUUUGGCAGCCCACGCAUGUCCAGCGGACUCUUUCCUGGCUGGCAGAGCUGGGGUCAGAUUGAUAACACUGUGCCUUAUUGGUGAAGACAGGCUGUUGAGCAGACACUGACAGGGCAUUCAGUACAAAUCCAGCUGUGGGUCAGAGCCUGCGCUGGCUCUCGGCCAGAAUCUAAACUGAAGCAAACAACCCCUGCUUUUUUAGCAGAGGAAGUUCACAAACCAGACAGAAACCUAACUGUAACGUGCUCAACUGACCUGCUUUUUGCUGUAACGUGGGCAUACUGCCUGAGAGACUUGAUGAGCUAUGGCUGGAGGAUGUGGGUUAAAUGUGGAAAUGUUGUUUUUUUUAAUUCCUCUUCUGUAACUUACUGAAGUGCAUCAGAGUGCCUGUCCACUAAAAUACAGACUAUUUGUUAAAUAUGCACUGAUUAAGAUGUCCCUCUCAAUGUGAUGUCUGUAUACUGAAAAGAUUUAGUCCUUCAUAUUGAAGGGAAAGGACAGGGGAGUGCAUGGCAGAAGCAAACCCAGCUGAUUCAUUUCUAAUGAAAAAUACACACUAAACAUUUGCACCUUCAAAGAAGAAAAUGAUAAAACAUGAUUCAAAUGGCCUUAAUUUUGAAAUUUGAGUCAUGCAGCCCUUUCUUUCCCUCCAUGUAAGUUGCACGUCUGUCUGAUGAAAAACGAUUGGCUGAUGUAAUUCUGAAGUAAGUUUGUUCAGGAACUGAGCUGCUAUCAACAGGAGAGAAUCUGCAUGUGAUUGGUCGUCUUGAACGGGGAAGGUGUUUGGAAAUUCCUGUGGUUACCGCAUGUCAAGAAAAGAAAUGAUGCAAAGAUCGAAUGUUUUUAUUUGCUUGAGUCCACAAGUGCAAUUAUGUGAUGAGUGUACAGUAUGUGUGGGGUUUUUGUUUUUUCUCACAGUAAAGAAAGUUUGUAUGCCAGCAUUUCGUUUCACUUGAAGGUGUGUGUUGCUCACACACACCACAUCAGUCAUGGAUUUCCUUUUCAGAAAUAAAUUUCUAUAUUUGUGCUAAAA